UCAAACUCAGGCCGAGGCAGUUGGGGCGCGCGCUCGGGGCAGGCGGAGGGUGAGGGAGGAUGGCGUCUGCUGCCAGCUGCUUCUCUGAGGAGCAGUUCCAGGAGGUCUGCGCUGAGCUGCUCCAGCAGCCGGCUCUGGCCGGGACCGACUGGGAGCUGCUGGUGAAUGCCUCGGGCCUCAGUGUCUACCGGCUGCUGGACCAGGAGACUGGACUUUAUGAAUAUAAAGUCUUUGGUAUUUUAAAGGACUGCCCACCAGCUCUGCUUGUAGAUGUCUAUAUGGAUUUAGACUACAGAAAACAGUGGGAUCAGUACGUUAAAGAAAUCUGUGAAAAAGAAUGCGACGGAGAGACCGUGACGUACUGGGAAGUGAAGUUCCCUUUUCCCAUGUCCAACAGAGAUUACGUCUAUGUCCGGCAGCGGCGAGACCUGGAUGUGAAAGGGCGGAAGAUCCACGUGAUCCUGGCCCAGAGCAUCUGUCUGCCUCAGUUUCCUGAGAAGUCAGGUGUGAUCCGGGUAAAUCAGUACAAGCAGAAGCUGGCGAUUGAGAGCGACGGCAAUCGGGGGAGCAAAGUUUUCAUGUAUCACUUCGAUAACCCAGGUGGUCAGAUUCCGUCCUGGCUCAUUAACUGGGCGGCCAAGAAUGGUGUUCCGAACUUCCUGAAAGACUUGGUGAAAGCCUGUCAGAACUACCUCAAUAAAACUUAAGAAAGACUCUGGGUGGAGUGCUGCAUACCUGUAAUCCCAGCAUUCUGGGAGGCUGAGGCAGGAAAACUACAAGUCUGAGCCCA